AGCAAUUGAAAAGUAUUUUAACGAGCCAAGAAUUAUGUCGUGGUGCAUCAUCGUCUCUUCGUCUUUCAAUGAGUCUAAACGAAUUGACUCAUUUACAAAUCUCAAUAGAAAUAAGCGCAAUUCUCUUUUGUAGACCACUCAACUUCAAAUUCUCAUCAUGUUCGCUCGCCUUCGUCUAGAAAAAUCCCCUAGUCCCUUAAAGAACAAUUCUCCCACUCGUCAGAAGGCCUUAAAACGCCGUCUGUUUCUCGACGAAGACGAAGAACAUGACGAUGCGCGUCCACCAUCACCUAAAAAGAAAAAGCAAACGCAUUACUCCGUCGCGACUCUGUUUGAUAAAUACAAGAAGCCAAGGGCAGAUGAAGAGGACCGCACCAUAAACCGUUACCAUAGUCGUCGUCAUCGCCCGAGCCGGUCGCCCGAGCCGGACCCGCCGCUGGUCACGGAGCUGGAUGAACGAUACACACACCUCCGCGCAACCCUGCACAGCGCCGCCCACUCCCUCCUCGAAACCGCCGAAACAAAUCUCGUAACGCAAAGCGAAUCCAGUAUCCGCGCAAACAGGCAAAAAGCUGCAACCCUCGAAACCCAGCUAAACAGGCGACUAACAACACCCCUCAUCGACCUAACAGUCGACUACGCAGCCACAGGACCCGACGGUCGCGCCCGCACAGCCGCAGUCGCGAUCCGCGGCGCCGUAUCCGCAUUUGAAGAAUCGCUAGCCUCGGCAAGCGACGAUUUAGACCAAUUAUGGACCGAAUGGGCCGAAGCCCAAGCUGAAAUCGACGAGUUGUUGCUUCUUAGUGAUAGUGAAUCGUCCGGAUCCGGGUCGCGGAAGGGAUUAUCGCCAAGUUCGUUACGCACAAGUAACGGUGAUAGUGUAACUAAGGGAAUAUCUGCUUCCUCUUCACACGCGGAGGUACUCGGCGCAUUUAAAUCCGAUCUCGAUAGCGCGAGUAAAGAUGUCGUGGAGGAGAUGAUGACGUAUGAAGAGAAAUUUCUCAAGGAGAUUGAGAAGGAGGCCGGGAAUAUCUUGCAUUCGUUCCUGAACCGCUGAAGCUGCUGCGCGACAUGUAAAUUGGGGUUGAGGUUGGAAUUGGGUGUGGUUGGUAGAAGGAGUCUGGGAUGAUCUCGAGUGACAUUGUCGAUGUGUAUGAACGGCGUGGGCUGUGCGGGUAAAGGCUCUUUUCAAUGCCCGGAUGGCGCGUUUUGCUGUUCGGGAACCCAUUGUGAUUUAAUUGGGUGAUUGAGCUGAGCUUCGACGAAAGCUUCGAUUAAUUUAUAUUGGCUGUAUGGUGAAAUGGAUUUAGUAAUGGCUUCAGCUUUCUAAUUUAUGCGAAUAAAUUUGCUGGUAUAAAGGGUC